AUGCCUAAAAAAACAACUCUAACAGAUAAUCAAAAGUUUGAAUUUUGUGUUUAUGCCCGUGAUAACAAGAGAACCUACCAAAGACUUUCAAAUGAAGUCACAAGUCCAGAAGCUAAGUGUUAUAAAGCUGUUACCGUUCUAGAGCUUGAGUUAGCACUCAAGGAAUUUAUAAUGAUAUAUCAGCAUCAUACUAUUCUAAGCGAUGCUAUGAUAGUUAAAAAGACCAAAUUGCUAGCAAAGAAGCUUGGUGUUUCUGAAAGCAAGCUAUAUUUUUCAGCUGAGUGGCUCCAAAAAUUCAAAGAGCGGAAUGGAAUCCGUCAAAUAAAGCUUCAUGGAGAGGCAUUAUCUGUCAAUGAGGAUAUUAUCAUUGAAUCUUUACUAUU